CAAUAUUUUCUUCGUCUGUCUCUCUGCGCCAUUUUCCCCCCCUCCUGUCUGCUGGAAAUGCCGCACAUCAGAUAAGGUGGCAGUUCCUUUUUUCCGACUUCCUCUCUUUAGCACCAGGCAAGGAGGAAAACGGACGGCGGGCGGGCAAAAAAAAUGCACUCUGCUCUCUCUUCUUCUUCUUCCUUUCAUGCUCCGCCACGUCUUGGUCCCUCUGGCAUGAAUGUACUACAAACCCAUUACUCCAGCUCUUUCUUCUUCAACCCCAUCCCCAACAGAAAUCCCAUCUCCACAGCCAACGGGCCCUCUUUGCUUUCAACUCAACAGCCAUCAAGAAAGUUGCUUUGCAUACCACCUGCUGGCAAGUAUGUCAGAGAGGAUUAUCUUGUGAAAAAAUUGUCUGCUAAAGAAGUUCAAGAUCUGGUGAAGGGGGAGAGAAAUGUACCACUAAUAAUCGAUUUCUACGCAACAUGGUGUGGUCCCUGUAUUUUGAUGGCUCAAGAACUUGAAAUGCUUGCCGUAGAAUAUGAAAACAAUGUGCUGAUUGUGAAGGUCGAUACAGAUAAUGAAUAUGAAUUUGCCCGUGACAUGCAGGUUCGUGGGUUACCGACAUUAUAUUUCAUCAGUCCAGAUCCGCGCAAAGAUGCAAUAAGAACUGAGGGGCUCAUCCCUAUACAGAUGAUGCGGGAUAUUAUUGAGAACGAAAUUUGAAUGCAGGUUAAUUAAGGACCUGCUGGAUGAUGUAGUCUAAAGAAGCGUCAAUGGCUUCUAGAAACAUUGUUAAACUGCUCCAUUAGUAUUGUUGUCAUCGUGCUGUAGUAAAAUUUUGUAGCCACGUAUAGUUCAAAAUCAUCUAGAGCUUGAUGUGCUAUGCUGCUAGUGGUCUUGAAGAACCCUGCUGUUUGCAGCUGUUAACUGUGUACUGGAAAAUGGCCAAUACGCCAGGUCUUUUGUAUUAUUGUGAUUUUCAACUGUGUUGAGGAAGUCUUGUGGAUUAGGCUUUCCCGGGAAAUUUAGUGCAAGGGGAUAUUACUAUAAGUCUA